AUGCCCGACAACAGCACCACCCUGUUCCUGGCCAUCAGAGCCUCCUACAUCGUGUUUGAGAUUGUCAUCGGGGUCUGUGCCGUCGUGGGUAACGUGCUGGUCAUCUGGGUGAUCAAGCUCAACCCCAGCCUGAAGACCACGACGUUCUACUUCAUUUUCUCCCUGGCCCUGGCCGACAUCGCUGUGGGGUUUCUGGUCAUGCCUUUGGCCAUUGUCAUCAGCCUGGGAAUCACGAUUGGCUUCUACAGCUGCCUUGUCAUGUGCUGCCUGCUGCUGGUAUUCACCCAUGCCUCCAUCAUGUCCUUGCUGGCCAUUGCUGUGGACCGGUACCUGCGGGUCAAGCUCACGGUCAGAUACAGGAGGGUCACCACUCAACGAAGAAUAUGGCUGGCCCUGGGCCUUUGCUGGGUGGUGUCACUGCUGGUGGGAUUCACCCCCAUGUUUGGCUGGAAUUUGAAGCCGGCCCUGGAGAAUGCCAGAAAUUACAGCGACUUUCAGUGCAAAUUCGAUUCUGUUAUACCCAUGGAAUACAUGGUCUUCUUUAGCUUCUUCACCUGGAUUCUCACCCCCCUGCUUCUCAUGUGUGCCCUCUACGUUUACAUCUUCUACAUCAUCCGGAACAAACUGGUCCAGAGCUUUUCUAACUUCAAAGAGACAGGGGCCUUUUACAGACGGGAGUUCAAGACGGCCAAGUCCCUGUUUCUGGUUCUUGCCUUGUUUGCUGGGUGCUGGCUGCCUUUGUCCAUCAUCAACUGUGCCACCUACUUCAAAUGCGAGGUGCCGGAUGUCGUGCUGCACGUGGGCAUCCUGCUGUCCCACGCCAACUCCAUGAUGAACCCUAUCGUCUAUGCUUGCAAAAUACAGAAGUUCAAGGAAACCUACCUUUUGAUUUUCAAAGCCCGUGUAUCCUGCCAGCCCUCCGAUUCCCUAGACCCAAGCAUUGAGCAGAAUUCUGAGUAG